CUCAGAUGCUACCCUCUGCCUGUUGGUCGUUGUGUUGGUGACCAAGCUUCCAAAUGCGACGUGGCGUUGACGAAGCGGAAUGGCUACGACUUUCUUAACCGCUUGCCGCCGGAACUCCUGCACGAGAUUUUCGUGCUUUGUAUGUCUUACUCGGCGAAAGAAAAGCCGCGCUAUAUUCAAGGACCAGACAAGAAUCUCGUAUGUCGCGCGCUGGAUCUUCUCUACUCCAUGCAGUCGGUGUGCCGAUAUUGGCGGCGGGUCUUCCUCAAUACCCCAUCAUUCUGGUCGAAUAUCGAGGUAUACUGCGAUACGACGUCAAGCAAACUCGAGUAACUCCUGCGACGUAGUGCCCCCAUGCCACUCAAGAUAUCUUUGAUGGAUGCUGAACACCUGCUGUCCCACCUCGAACAACACAUGCAUCGCGUACAGCGGCUCUGUCUCACCUUUCUUGUCGGCCGCGUGGAGAAGGUAGACACUCUGUUGAGUGUACCGUUGUUUGCGACACCCGCACCUGUCCUCGAAGGUCUUCAUCUGACCUUCGAUGCGAAUACGAACCUGGGCAACCACGCAUUCGUUCCGCGCCUUUUCGAUAACACCGCACGCCUUACCCGUGCCUAUUUCAAGCGGUGCUUGCCGUGGCCACACAACACCUUUCCGCACCUCACUCAUAUCUUCGUCGGUUGCGCGUACGCCGCCUACAACAAUCCCCCGAUCGCGGAGGUUUUGGAUUUCUUGGAGGGUUCUCCGAAUCUAGAAGAAGUCGUCCUAGACGGAGUCAAAGUCGGAGAUCUCCCUCCGUCGCAAUCGUCCCGGAUAGUCUCCCUACCUUGUCUGCGAAGUGUUGUCUUGGACAACUGCGAAUCCCUCCUUGAAUGUUUUAUCGGACAUGUCAUCCCUUCCGAAACUGUCGCGCUGCGCUGCGACUGGUUCGAUGAUGCACCGAAAGGCGCUACAUGGCGCUUCGACAUCCUCCAAUCCGGUGCGCCAUUCUUCUCUCGAAUCAGCCCGGUCAAGGAGUUGAGUUUCUGGACCACGGAUUACGUGUGCGGGGAAUUCUGCUUCGCAUGUCGCGACCUCGUCGGUUGUGUUACGUUCAACGCGGUUCUGGGUUACUCGCUGACCAUAGGACGACGAUGAUGACAUCCUCGAAGCAGUCCUAGAGUAUCUUGCCCAAAGAUUCGAUCUCUCCACGGUCGACAAGCUUCGCCUUCAGGUCGCCCGCGUUCUGGAUAGGUCUUACGACGCCCUUUACGCGCUUCUCCUCGCCACUCCCACCGCCGCGUCGCUCAC